GUGCACCCGGAAUCCCCACAAUGCUCUGUUAAAUCCAACUGUUACUCUGUGUCAGAAUCCCCCCACAGCUCUAUGCUACAUAUACUGUAUAUGUACUGCUGCUCUCUUUGUGCCGCACACAGCAGAGGAUCUCGUUAACAGGAGGUGUUGAAUUGCAGUCACAGAGUUCCCAUAGCUCACUUCUUAAUGUUGUGAUCUCAGGACAGCGAUGGCUUUGUGCCUGAAUCAGGUAUUUAAUAAAGACAAGACUUUCCGCCCCAGGAAGAAGUUCGAGCCGGGAACACAGCGCUUUGAGCUGUACAAGAAAGCUCAGGCCUCUCUCAAGUCUGGCCUGGACUUAAAGACUGUGGUUCAGCUACCCCCGGGCGAGAAUAUCAAUGACUGGAUCGCUGUGCACCUUGUGGACUUUUUCAAUAGAAUCAAUUUGAUCUACGGCACCAUGUCAGAGUUCUGCACAGAGAAGAGCUGCCCUAUCAUGUCUGGGGGUCUCAGAUAUGAAUACAGGUGGCAGGAUGAAUACAAAUACAGGAAGCCCACCAAGGUCUCUGCCCCGCUCUAUAUGAACAUGCUGAUGGAGUGGAUUGAAACCUUAAUUAACAAUGAGGACAUCUUCCCUACCAGAAUGGAAAUGGUUAGCAGUCAGCCUGUCCCGAUUGAGGAUGGUGGCAAGAGGAAAAAGAAAAAGCGCCGGCCCCGUGCCACUGAGAGCUUCACAGGGACAUUUGCAGACCUGUACAAGCUGACUGAUGAGCUACUAGGAGAGGGAGCCUACGCCAGGGUACAAGGCUGUGUCAGCUUACAGAAUGGAAAAGAUUAUGCAGUGAAGAUUGUUGAGAAGAAAGCCGGACACAGCCGCAGCAGGGUUUUUCGAGAAGUGGAAACUUUGUACCAGUGCCAAGGGAACAAGAACAUCUUGGAGCUAAUAGAAUUUUGUGAAGAUGACUCAUGUUUUUAUCUGGUCUUUGAGAAAUUACGUGGAGGAUCAAUACUUUCCCAUAUUCAGAAACGAAAGCACUUUAAUGAGAAGGAAGCGAGCACUGUGGUUAAAGAUAUUGCAUCUGCCCUGGAUUUCCUUCACACGAAAGGUAUUGCUCAUCGAGAUUUAAAGCCUGAGAAUAUAUUGUGCGAGUUUGAAGAGAAGGUGUCCCCUGUGAAAAUAUGUGACUUUGACCUUGGAAGUGGUGUGAAGCUGAACAGUGCAUGUACUCCCAUAACAACCCCCGAGCUAACAACUCCGUGUGGAUCAGCAGAGUACAUGGCCCCUGAGGUAGUGGAGGUUUUCACAGAGGAAGCUACCUUCUAUGACAAGCGGUGUGAUCUGUGGAGUCUGGGGGUCAUUCUAUACAUUAUGCUGAGUGGGUACCCUCCGUUUGUGGGCAACUGUGGCACAGACUGUGGCUGGGACCGGGGUGAGAUGUGCAGAGUUUGCCAGAAUAAACUAUUUGAAAGUAUCCAAGAGGGUCAGUAUGAGUUCCCAGAGAAGGAAUGGUCACGUAUUUCCAGCUCUGCCAAAGAUUUAAUCUCUAAGCUGCUUGUCCGAGAUGCCAAUAAGCGUCUGAGUGCUGCUCAGGUUCUACAGCACCCGUGGUUGCAAGGGGAGGCUUCUGAAAGAGGAUUACCAACACCGCUAGUGCUUCAGAGGAACAGCAUCACUAAAGACUUGACCCUCUUUGCAGCUGAAGCAGUUGCCAUGAAUCGUCAGCUCUCCCAGCAUGACAGCGACCUGAUGGAGGAGCAGGAGAAUAUCAUCCACGCAAUCUGCUCCAUGAGGCUGUCUCCACCAUCCAAGUCUCGCCUCGCUAAGCGUAGAGCCCGGACCCACGCUCAGAAAGCCAUUGGCUCCAUUUCAACAUGAUAGAGCUCUACCGCAACAAGCGCAGGAGGAGUCUGAGCUGAUCUGUCCAUUUUUUUGCUUAAUCAUUUAUUCUUCAACAUGUCCUGCCAGACCCAGUGACUAACGAAGAUAGUUGCUGCAGUAGCUCGCUAGAAACAUUUUAUUUCUACGUUAAAAACAGAACUUUUAAUAAUAUCCAACCUGAGCCUUUUGUUUUACUUGUUGCUGCGAUGUUUUUUUUAUUAGUUUUAUUGUAAACAAAAAUCAAAUAGUGCACAUUAGUUAUGUUUGCAUCUUCCAAUAGUGAACAAGUGCACUUUUAUGUAAUGUUAAGACUUUUAUUUCCCUCAGGUACAGUGGUUGUCUGUAUUAUCAGUCAGUCCUGCAAGCUAAGCAAGUCUUAACAUUAUUUUUUAAUUUAAAAGUUACAAAUAUUAAUAUAGCUCCUAUCAACAUAUCUUCUAUUUGUUAAUUAUUGGUUCUCUACUGUAUUUCCUUUAAAACUUUUUAUUUAACAUCUCAUCUGUUAAUUUUAACCAUUUUUUAUGUUGUAUAGAAUUGUCAUACCAAAAAUGUAUUUUUUUUUUAAUGUAUGUUUUUAUUUUUGUAUAAUUUAUCUCACACCCACAGUAUAUGCAGAUAUGUCACAGGUGUCUUAAAAUCUCAGAAUUUGUUUAAAAUUAUUUUUUAGCACUUACAGGAACAUAGUAUUUUUAUAUGAGGAAACUCUUACAAGGGUAUUUUUUUACAUAAGCAUAUGUAGCUGCCUUUUCACUGUGACCUCAGUGAAGGGCCCAGUUGUUUAACACUUAAAUGUUUACUUGCAUAUGAAUGUGAAGUUUUAAGAAGAGUGGAGAUAUGGAGUUGUCCAUAUUUAAUACAUAUACUAAGAAAUAAAUAUCUAAUUUGAACUUA